UACAAUGUCAUUUAUAUUUUAAAGUAUAUUUAAUAAAAUGUUUAUGGAAACAAAGUUCUAAAAAAAUCCAAUUCUAGAAUUCAUUUUAGUUCUAAAUUUUACAUUCUUUCAUUUCAAAUGGUGUAAUUCAUUUGUAAAUGAUUUCCGUAUAGAAUUCAUUUGCAAAUGAGUUCCGAUUGACAAUUAGAAUUGUUCCAAAGGCGCAUUAGAUUAAAUAUAAAUUCAUGGAUUAAUAAGGGUUGAUUUGAAUAAUAAAAGAAUGAUAGAUUUCAACUUUUCUUUUUUUUACGUGGGAACCAAAUAAGGGAUUUUAGAGGGUGUGAGCUUUUGAAAAUUUAUUAUGACUUUUCAUCAUGACAAAUGAUGGAUUUUGGUGAAAUGCAUAGAUUUUGCAAAAUUUAUGGAUUUUGUCCUUUCAAAAUCUUUCAAUCCAAAUGGUGCUAUAGUGAAUUAUUAAAUCUCGUGAAGGUUGGAGUCCUCAUCAAGGCAUAAUAUCAAGAAUUCUCGUUUAUAUCACAUAGGUUUAGAAUUUAUAUAGUUAAUUAAAAUUCAUGAACAAAGAAAAGCUCAAUCCAGUGUUAAUAUUUAUCGUGGAUAUAAAAUAAUUUUUAUAGAACAGGAAUGAUAAAGAAUAAAUCUAUAUGAGAAAUAAAAGUAGUUUGGUCCUAUCAAAUGACUUCCUUUUAUCUUAAAAUAUUAUAGAAAUGAAUUGCUUGAUCUCUGCAUAUAAUAAUGCCACUUAAAAGGAAGUGAGGUAUAAGUUAGUACUAAACUAAUUAUAUUAUGUGCUUUUUUUGGUGAGAUAUGUAUUUUAUUUUUUAGGAAAAGGGUCAUUUAUGGUCUUAACGUUUGACUUAAAGAUCAAGUGAGCCCCUAACGUUCGAAAAGUUUUAAAUAUACCCCUAACGUCUUAAAAAGUGAACAAUCAGAUCCCUAUUUUGACUUAUAAAUGAGACGCUGGGGGACUGAUUGUCAAAAUCGGAGGGUCUGCUUGUUCAAAUUUUAUGACGUUAGGGACAUAUCUGAACCUUUCUAAACGUUGAGGGCUUAGUUGAUCUUUGAUUCAAAUAUUAAGGGCAUAAAUGAUCCUUUUCUCUUAUUUUUUUAGAUGGUUGAGGUGGUUUUAGUUUUACAGGUGAGAAAAAUGGGAGGUCAUAAGGGUCCAAGUAUUAUAAAAGAGAUCAUUUAUGGAAUGUCAAUAGGCUUGGCUGCUGGACUCUUAUGGAAAAUGCACCACUGGAAUAACCAAAAACGAACCAAGGAAUUCUAUAAUCUUCUUGAGAGAGGUGACAUUAGUGUUGUUGUCGAAGAUGAGUAGGCCAUGGCCCUCCACUUUUUCUUCUUUUGUUUUUGAGAAUGUUUUUCAUGAGUAUGGUUAAUAAAUAAAAUUAAAAAAACUUUAAAGAAAUUAAUUUAUUCUCUAAAUUUGCACAUGUUAAUUAAUUGAUGUAAAAAUUUAAUUUUACUAUUAGAUUAAUUUUGUUUAAGAUA